CGAACAAUCAGAAAUAAACACCAUUUGGUCCCAUUUGGUAUAACUUUGUCGAUCCUGCUCGAUAAACGAAGAUGAGAGCAUUCGUAUUUUACUCAACCCUUACCUGUGUGAUGCUUGUAUCGAUGUCCCAUGCCUUAUCUAAAGAUGAAGUUCCUGCCGAUCCUGAGUAUGAUAAGUAUGAAGAUAUGAUUGAAUUGCCUGGAGGAAAGUUCACGAUGGGGUCAUCGAAAGCAGAUGGUAAAGACGGAGAAGGUGUCCAGAGAAAGGUCACUGUAAAACCUUUUAAAAUCAACAAGUAUCCUAUCACUUCUGCAUCAUUUAGGAAAUUUGUGAGAGCAAAGAAAUACAAGACCGAUGCUGAGAAAUACACAUGGAGUUUUGCAUUUGAUGCCUUUGUUCCUGAGGAUAUUAAGAAUACCAUUGAACAAAGGUUACCUAGCACACCUUGGUGGAUUCCUGUUCAAAAUGCUUAUUGGAGACAGCCAGAAGGUAAAGGAAGUGGGAUUGAGAAGCGAUUGAACUAUCCGGCCGUUCAUAUCAGCCAAGUCGAUGCAAGAACAUUCUGUCAGUGGCAUGGAUGGAGACUACCUACUGAAGCAGAAUGGGAGUUUGCUGCACGAGGGGGUCUGGAAGGAAAAGAAUAUCCAUGGGGGAACAAAUAUGAGAAGAAUAGGAUGAACAUAUGGCAGGGCAAAUUUCCCGAAGAAAAUACCAAAGCUGAUGGUUAUCACGGCGUUGCUCCUGUAGAUGCUUUCGAACCUCAAAAUGAGUAUGGUCUAUAUGAUAUGAUUGGUAAUGUUUGGGAGUGGACGUCAACUAAAUUCAGUGCCAAUCCCAGUUCAAAAGACGAUGCCCCUUCAGGAGACGAGGACCCCUCCAAGACCCGCUACGUCCUGAGAGGGGGGUCAUAUAUCGACUCAAAGAACGGGAAGUUUAACCAUGCUGCUAGAGUCACUACAAGGAUGGGUAAUGAAGCAGAUGCUGGCUCGGAUAAUUUAGGAUUCCGCUGCGCCGUUUCUUUGCCGACUGGUACGAGUGAGAAGAAACCAAAGGGAAAGAAGAAGGAUGCGGAUAAAAUUGCGAAAGAGCAGACAGUUACAGAGCUUCCUGAAGGUGCAAAGGUUGUACGACCAAACCCAGCAGAUUUAAAUGGCAAAGGAAAAAAGAAGCAGAAUCGAAAUGAACUAUAAUGAAACUUUAUUUUAGUAGAUUUGUUAUUAACUAAUUCAAUUUUUUUAGCAAUAAGUUCAGAGAAAGAGGUUUUCAGUACUGUCUUUUUCAAAGAUUUGUUUCUAUUUCAUUGAAAAAUUAUUUCAAAAUCUCGGGAUAUAUAGAGUUAACUAACAACUUUCAUGAUGCAUUGAAAAAACAAUCCAUUUAUUGUCCUAAGUAUGAGGCACUUCUUAUGGUAAAAGCUGUGCCAGAUUGCUUGACUUUUAUUCAGUCUAUUUUAAUUUUUCCUUUGCACAACUAC